AUGAUCCAAAGGAAUAAAUGGACAUUCCAUGAUUCGACCUUGUACAUUUUAUCCCACAAGCCUUCCACUGACUUGGAGCUGUUCCUCACUGCUGCAUGGGCAAUCUGGUUCAACAGAAACAAAGUUACACAUGAUGAUAAAUGCUCUUCCCCCUCUCAGAUUUGGCAGAUGGCCAAAAACUUAAUUGAGGAGCUCAAUGACGCAAUAACUAUAGACUUAUUCACUCCUAGACCCUCUCACCCGGCUUGCUGGUCUCCUCCUCCACCCGGUGUCUUUAAAGUCAAUGUUGAUGGGUCUUCAUCUGAUCUUGAAGAGUCAUCCAGCGUUGGAGUCAUCAUUAGGGACUGCAAAGGCCAAACCGUUGCUGCCUUCUGUAAGCCUCUUCAAUCCCAUUACUCGGCUGAUCUGGUGGAGGUGUUUGCAAUGGAGCAAGGUAUCUUGCUUGCUCAAGAGUUACAGCUCUCUCAGGUUAUGUUUGAAAGUGAUGCUCUCUUAGUGAUCAAUGCCAUCAACGACUUUGCCUUUGGAACCCCAUACGGGCAUAUUAUUCAGGACAUUUCUCAUGCUCAUCAAUCCUUUGUUUACUGCUCCUUCAGGCACCUCAAUCGGGCUUUUAAUGGUGCAACCCAUGAGCUGGCCCAGUUUGCCCGCUGUAAUAGGACUGUCCACUUGUGGAAAGGGGUUACCCCUUCUUUUCUUGAUCCUAUUGUACAAGCUGAUAUGCAGCACUAA